AUGGAUACUAUGGAAGAUGGAGACACUACCAUGAAAGAUCAAGAUGGUGAUUCAAAUACAACUACGACGACAUCUACAACUACGACUUCGACGACAACAUCAAAUAUUGCUACACCAUCUAAACAAACACCAAAAAAGAGAAAGAAAUUAACAGAUGAAGAGAUAAAACAAAAGGAAGAAGAUAAACGUAAAAAGGAUGAAGAAAAGGAACGCAAGGAAGAGGAAAAGAAGAAAAAGGAUGAGGAAAAGAAAAAAAAGGAAGAGGAGAAAGAGGAAGAGAAGAAACGAAAGGAAGAGGAAAAGAAAAAGAGAGAAGAGGAAAAGAAACGAAAGGAUGAGGAAAAGGAGGAAGAAAAGAAAAAGAGAGAAGAGGAAAAGAAGAAAAAGGAGGAGGAAAAGAAACGAAAAGAAGAGGAGAAAGAGGAAGAAAAGAAACGAAAGGAAGAGGAAAAGAAGAAAAAGGAUGAAGAACGUGAAGAGGAAAAGAAACGAAAGGAAGAGGAAAAGAAGAAAAAGGAUGAGGAAAAGUCUGCCAUUGAUAACAAGCAGUCUCGUCUCACCAGCUUCUUUGCCACUAUUACACCUGAUGCACCCAAGACUAGGUAUCAAUCCGAUAGCUUCAUCCAACCAGUCGAAUUGCCACCACACACCGUUGUCCAUCGCUACCAAGUUCCCUCUUACACAUCGUCUCAUGAAGAGUUUGACCGUCUUUUAAUGCAACAAUCGAUGCCGUUGCCCAGCAAGUUUAUCCCAUCAACCUAUUUCAAACAGAAUAUAAAGACUAGAUCUGGUGGUGAUGAGGGCAAGAAACGUGUCUUGACAACGCUUCCACCUUCCAUUUCCAACUUUCCGCAUUUGAUUGGCAACUUGAGUGGCCUCAAGCUGCUAAAGUUCCACGACAAUGUCAGACCUUCCUAUUAUGGCACCUUUUCACGUAGAACUAGAAAGAUCAAUGGACGUAAACCAUUCAAUAAGGAUGAAGAGAUAUUUGACUACAACUAUGACAGUGGUGAUGAAUGGUGCGAAGAAGAAGAGGGUGAUGACAUCAAAUCAGACGAAGAGACUGAUGAAGAUAUGGGUGGUUCAGAUGAUGAUGAAAAAUGGAUUGCAGAUGAAGAUGAUGUAGAUAAUGAUAGUGAUAUUGAUGAUGAUCAACAACAACAACAAGAAGAAGAUCAACAACAACCAACAAAAAAACACAAAAAGAAAAGAAAAUUAAUCAAAGAAAAACUAGUCAUUACCAUUGAUUUAAAUAAUAAUCCAAUUCAUCCUGAAAUAGAUCCAAUUAAAAAGGAUUUAUUAAAUAUUUUUACAAUUCAACCUAUAUUUUCUGAAUUCCCAAUUAAUCUUGGUCAAUUGAAAAAUGAUGAUAGUAAUAAUAAUAAUGAUGAUUCAUCAUCAUCAUCCAACAAAAAAACAAAUGAUGUUGAUGGUGAAAAUGGACAAACAAAGAAAGAAAGAGAAAAGACAUCAUUCCCAACUAAAGCAAUUCCAACUUUGAUUCAAUUUGUAAAUGUUAAUAACAAAUUGUCAAUUAAAAUAUUGACAAAUGUAUUUAAUCAAAAUUAUCCAACUAUUCAAAAGAAAUUAAUUACUGAAAAGAUACAAGAGACUUGUACGUUUACUACUCUGUGGACUGUUAAACCAGGGUUUGACAAUUAUUUAAAGGAAUUGGUUGAUUCAAGCUAUUCAACGGUACCAGUCAUUGAAAUUCAAAAGAAAGAAAGAAAACCAAGGAAAACAAAAGAAAAUAAGGAUCAACCAAAUGGCGAUACAGAAAUGAAGGAUGAUGAUUCAAUUCCAAACAAACCAUCAUCAUCAUCAUCAACGACUGUAGAUACAGAAAUGAAAGAAGAGGUUAAAACACCACAAAAGAAACCAAGAAAACCAAGAACAAAGAAACCAAAACAAGAUGAUGAAAAACAACCACAGCCUCAACAACCACAACAACAGGAUGAUACUAUUAUUAAUAAUAAUGGUGAUAAAGGAGAAUCGACUUUAAUAAUGUUACCACAACAGCAGGCACCAAAGGAUGAUGAAAAAAUGAAAGAUGUUACGCCACCACCAACUCCACUUUCAUCCUCUUCUGAUAAUUGCCAAAACUCUACUACAACAACAACUACUACUACUAAUAAUGAUAUUAAUAUUAAUCAACCAAUACCACCAAUCGCAUCAAAGAAAUUAGAUAUAACACAUUCAUUAUCCUCACCUUUGAAAUCGCCGACCAAAAAAAAGGUAGCAGCAGCUGUUCCUGUACAACAAAACAAUCUCCUCAAUUAUUUUUCAAAGAUUGAACCAUCUUCCAAAUAA